AUGAUCGUGAAACCCCCAACUGCCUCAGACAUACAUUCAAAUAAAACUAAAAAGGAUACCCUUCCCGAACCUGAAAGAAAGGUUCAGAAGCGCAAGUCAGCAGCCUUGAGCGAAGACGAAGAGGAGGCUGAGGAAGACGGCGGCAAGAAGAAAACGACAAAGGCUCGCGCUCCCAAAACAACAUCCAAAUCCACACCCAAAAAACCUAGGGCAACUAAAGCGGACCAACAGGAAAGCAAAGAGAUACAAGCUAUACUUAACAGUAUCCCCGAAGUCAAAGCCCCUUCACCACCAACUGCGACGAAGAAAUUCAACUUUGUUGCAGCUGCUCAACGCGCUCAAUCUAGCGGUACUAUUGAUGAUUCUGACCUCCCAGUCGGGGAGCCGAAUUGUCUUGCUGGACUUUCUUUCGUUUUUACCGGUGUUCUUGACUCCCUUGGGCGGGAACAAGGACAAAAUCUUGUGAAAAAAUACGGGGGAAAGUGCAUGUCAGCUCCAAGUUCAAAAACAAGUUAUGUGGUAUUGGGUAAUGAUGCUGGUCCGAAGAAACUGGAAACCAUUCAGAAGUAUAAACUUAGGACAAUCAACGAGGGGGGCCUGUUUGAAUUGAUUAGGAAACUCCCUGCAAAUGGAGGUGACGGAAAGGCAGCCCAGCAGUAUGCUGAAAAGAAGAAAGCUGAGGAGCAAAAAAUCAGAGAGAUGGCUGCUGAAAUUGAUCGGGAAGAAAAGAAGCGUGCUGCUGAGUCCAAAGCAUCAGCUCCCCCUAGUUCAAGCACAGGAACCAAAGACAAGAGUGCUAGUGACAAGCGUGAGGCAGUUGAUGACCGCCUUUGGACUACAAAAUAUGCCCCCACAUCACUUAGCAUGAUCUGUGGAAAUAAGGGCACUGUCGAAAAGCUACAAACCUGGCUGCGUAACUGGCAUGCAAACGCGAGAGCCAACUUCAAGAAACCUGGAAAAGACGGUUCAGGGACGUACCGCACAGUUAUGAUACAUGGCCCCCCUGGAAUUGGAAAGACGACCGCUGCGCACCUGGUUGCAAAGCUGGAGAACUUUGAUAUUGUUGAGACAAACGCUAGUGAUACUCGAAGUAAGAAGCUACUCGAAACCACUUUGCGUGGAGUACUUGACACCACCUCUCUUCAGGGUUACUUUUCUGGCGAAGGCAAGAAAGUUGAGCCUGGGAAGAAGAAUCUGGUGUUGAUCAUGGAUGAAGUUGACGGCAUGUCUGCUGGUGACCGUGGUGGUGUUGGUGCGGUAGCUGCCAUUGCAAAGAAAACCAGGAUUCCUAUUAUCCUGAUCUGCAAUGAGAGAAGGCUUCCAAAAAUGAAACCCUUCGAUCAUGUCACAUUUGAGUUACCAUUCAGGAGGCCAACCGCAGAGCAAAUCCGUGCACGGUUGUUUACCAUUUGCUACCGAGAAGGCAUAAAGAUACCUCCCCAGGUGCUUGAUGGUCUUAUUGAAGGAACUCAUGCCGAUAUCCGCCAAGUGAUAAACAUGCUGUCAACGAUAAAACUUAGUGCCAAUAAUCUUGAUUACGAUCAAGGCAAAGAAAUGUCAAAAGCAUGGGAGAAGCAUGUUAUACUUAAACCUUGGGAUAUUGUUGGGAAAAUCCUUAGUGCGCAGAUGUUUGCACCUAGUUCAAAGGCUACCCUCAACGACAAGGUUGAAUUAUAUUUCAACGAUCAUGAAUUCAGCUAUCUAAUGCUGCAAGAGAACUACUUGCGAACAAAUCCGAUGGCAGCUAACUCCUACAGUGGCAAAGAGAGGCAGUUCAAGCUUCUUGAGUUGGCCGAUAAGGCUGCGGAGAGUAUUAGUGACGGUGAUUUGGUGGAUAGAAUGAUCCAUGGCUCACAGCAGCAGUGGAGCCUUAUGCCAACACAUGCUGCCUUUAGUUUUGUGAGACCAGCCAGUUUUAUGGCUGGGAAUAUGACGGACAGAGUCGGGUUUACCAGCUGGCUGGGCAAUAACAGCAAACAAGGUAAGAGACUGCUGUACCCCCAGAUUUCUAGCAUGUUUAUACUCAGCAUUUCUCUCUCCAGGUAA